ACAUGGGGCAUUCGGAGUCGGAAUGUAUCGCGUUCAGAAACUGAGUAAUGCUAUUCAAAGCAAAUCAGCCGAGAUCGUUAGCGCACACAGCCCGUUAAACGCUUGGAUCAACACCAAGGAGUCUGUCCAUGCGAAGUUUAGUAUUGCUGCUGUGUCCGUGUGUUGUCGCGGUUGUGGUGCAUCUGUGGCUAGUGGCAAACAGAACCGCCUUCUUGUUGGAUCUCAAGGAUUCAGAUCGGCAGCCGUAUUCUCGAGAAGUUCUGGUGGGAGUGCUGUCCGCGCGGCAGCACUAUGCUCUCAGGGACGCGAUAAGGGAGACGUGGCUGGGAUACAUCAGGGAGCACCCGCAGUUCCGACAUCGGGUGGCAGUCAAGUUUAUAAUUGGCAGGCAUGGCUGUCCAAUACCUGAAGAGGACAGGGAGGAUCCCUAUUCAUGUACCCUGCUGAACCUCACUGAUCCAGUGAAUGGGCAGGAGGUCGAGGUGCUCUCCGUGCCCGAUGCCUCGGUCCUGGUCCCCUCUGAAGUGUCCGUCGUCAGCCUGGACUUCAAGGUCCUGCACCCCGUCGUGAUAACGCGCCUGGGGGUGUUCCCCGAUGGCCCCAACCUGGAGUUCCGGGGGAAUGUGACUGUCAAGCUCUUCCAGGUGGACCAAGAGGAGGCCGUGGUGACUGCGCGGUUUAGCCCCAUCAGCGCCGGGGCCAACGUGAACGGGGUGUGGUACAAACCCGUGGAGCAGUUCAUCCUGCCGAGGGGAUUUGAGGGAACGCUGGUGUGGGAGAGUCUUGACUCCACAGAUCUGAUGACAGCAAAUGUCUCCAGGGUCCAGCUGAACAAUGGAGGAGGGGUGCUGAAAUUAUCCUCAGUUGAAGAGGGGACGUUGCCUCACAGAAGUGCUCUGGGUUUUCCUGGACUGGCGGGAGGAUUUACUUUCUCGAUUUAUGAUGUGGAGGCCCUGUUGGAGAUGCUGCGGGGGCGACAGGCGCGGCUGGAUGACCAUGCGUCCCGGCUGAGGCAGGAGGAUGAGGUGCUGGAGCAGGAGAGCCGUCGGCACGGUGACAUGGUGUUCGUGGACGUGGUGGACACCUACAGAAACGUGCCUUCCAAACUGCUGCAGUUCUACAAGUGGUCAAUAGGAAAUGCUGACUUCAGUCUGCUCUUGAAGACGGAUGAUGAUUGUUAUAUCGACGUGGACGCAGUAUUAAUGAAGAUAGACCACAAGGGGCUGAGGAGGAGCAAUUUCUGGUGGGGAAAUUUCAGGCAGAGCUGGGCGGUGGACCGUGUUGGGAAGUGGCAGGAGCUGGAGUACGCCAGCCCGGCUUAUCCAGCCUUCGCCUGUGGCUCCGGCUAUGUCGUCUCUCGGGACCUUGUGGAGUGGCUGGCCAGCAAUGCGGAGAAGCUGAAGGCUUACCAGGGUGAGGAUGUGAGUAUGGGUAUAUGGAUGGCUGCUGUCGGUCCACGAAAAUAUCAGGACUCGGGUUGGCUGUGUGAAAAGGAGUGCUUCGUGGACAUGCUAUCCUCGCCACAGCACUCGGCGGAGGAGCUGCGCUCUCUGUGGGACAGGAGGAGGGUCUGUGGGGACCCGUGCGGCUGCCCUUGGGGUCACCCCUGAGGUCACCCCUCCUCCCCCCCUUUAAACCGGAGGGCCAGGGAUACUCGCAGUCAGACGUCAUCCUGAACAUGGGACGUCCACUGGAAACAUCGACUCUGCAAGUUUGGGCUCAAGGGGGAGGGCUCCGAGUGGCGAUGAGAGAGAUACGGUCAUGCUGUCCCUCUGCAUCUGGGCUAAAUGCCGAAUGAAGGUUGUCAGGCCCUCACCGGGAUGCGUUGUACGCUGCAGUUUUUUACUGCCGUGACUCAGGAUAGUUCUCGCAAGCUCAUUCAAAGGGUGCAGGACUUGGUUAUUCCAGGUCUCCACUGAUUAUUUUUUUAUGAAUGAACAGAUGCCAAUGCAGAAUUAGAAGCAAGCAAUCACGAAAAAAAAAAAAAACUUACGCGUGUUUCAACAGUGACAGUUAAAAUGUUGUGUAGACUUAAGUCUUUGUUUUUUUCUGUCAUGCCUUAUUCUUGACAUUUUUAGAUUAUCUGCAAGUUGUCAUACCCGACACAGGGUUUUUGUUCAGUAUAAAAUGACACACCAACACUCCAUCCUCAUCUGUACAACGUAAUUAUUGUGCUAAAUAGUUACGUGGCCUUGAAUGUUGUCAGACACGCUCAGUAAGCCCCCAGGCGUACUAAGUCUGAUUUCUGCAGCUAUGUAGAGCGGAUCAUUCUAGAAAAUGGCACCUGUGCGUCCCUUUUCCCACGUGCCGCAGCUAAACUGCGAGAUGCUAUGUCACUCUGAAAUUUGCUGAAAGGAGGGCAACGCAGAUUAUGAGAGUUCUCAUCUGAUAUGACUCAUCCCGCUGCUCUGCAAGACACAGUCUAAAAGGCCUUGUCCAGGGUGACAGGAAAUAAAGAGAAUGAUUUUAAGUUCACUGAAGCAAGAGCUCCCUUUUUUUAAACGGACAAAAAGUCCUAAUGGUGUGCGUUGUGGAGAAAAUGGUCGAAGUUAAUUGCUAAUUGUGAGCAGUAAUUAAAGUACUUGUGAUUUAUUUCAACACUUCAGUGAUGCGGAUUAUAUACGUUGUAACUGCCCUGCCGGGAGAAAAAUGUUCUUUAAUGAUGUGCAAUACAGUUUGUAAUGCUUUCAGUGUAGCCCUGCUUUUUCAGUGUGUUUUUUUCCCACCACCUGGGAACACAGUCAGCAAAUACUAAGUAAA